UCGUCGUCCCCUGUGACAGCCGUGCGCUGUAUGGGGACAUUCCAUUAUCCGGGAUAUAUAUUUGAAACCAGAAGGUAACUUUCACCAACUUUGGUUCCGUUAAUCGGCCAUUUCAGUUAAAUGGCCAAUGUGAUUGGUCAGUUUCGUUGAGUUGACCGUCGAUUAACCAAACCGAGAAGAGUUACCUUUAUAUCUCGUUCGUAGUUGCGUUUUCUAUUGGUUCUAACGGCUGAAGACGAUUUCAAAUCUAUCAGAGGCAACGCGCAUGUUGCUGUAAUGGCAAUGUUUUGGCGCAAAAACGUGUUCGCAUUUAAAGUGUCGACAUUAUAACCUGUGCGGCAGCAUCGUCCAGGAUGGAAGUCGCGGCGACGGCGAGUAUAAAUGUCGAGGACGAUGUGGACAAUUAUUCCUCUGCAAAGCUGGUCAAAACUCUAGAGAGAAAUGGUAUCACGGCGGGAGAUAUCAAGAAGCUGCAGGAAGCCGGCUUCUACACCGUGGAAGCGGUGGCUUUUGCGCCUAAGAAACACCUCAUAUCGAUCAAGGGCAUCAGCGAGGCCAAGGCGGACAAGUUGCUGCAGGAAGCUUCGAAGCUGGUCAGGAUGGGUUUCAGGACCGCCACAGAGAUACAUCAAAUACGCGCCAAUAUCGUUUACGUCACCACUGGGUCAAAGGAGCUGGAUAACUUAUUGGGAGGAGGGAUAGAGACGGGUUCCAUUACCGAGAUCUUCGGGGAGUUCAGAUCAGGAAAGUCUCAGUUGUGUCACACUUUAGCUGUCAAUUGCCAAUUACCAGUCAGCAUGGGUGGGGCUGAAGGAAGGUGUCUGUACAUAGAUACAGAAAAUGGCUUCAGACCGGAGAGAUUGACAGCGGUGGCUGAGAGAUACAAAAUCAACGGAGACUCGGUCCUCGACAAUGUCGCCUGUGCCAGAGCUUACAAUACCGAUCAUCAGACUCAGUUGGUGAUACAAGCCAGUGCCAUGAUGACCGAGGCCAGGUAUGCCUUGCUGAUCAUCGACAGUGCCACCAGCCUGUACAGAAGCGAUUACUGCGGCAGAGGUGAGUUGGGUGAAAGGCAACAGCACCUGGGGCGAUUCCUCAGGAUACUACUGAGAAUAGCGGACGAGCAUGGGGUCGCCGUCGUUAUAACGAAUCAGGUGGUCGCUCAAGUCGAUGGCGCCGCUAGCAUGUUCGGUGGCGACACGAAAAAACCGAUCGGAGGCCACAUACUGGCACACUCGAGCACGACGAGAUUGUAUCUGCGUAAAGGCAGAGGAGAAACCAGAAUAUGUAAGAUAUACGAUUCACCGUGCCUACCAGAGAACGAGGCGACGUUCGCCAUAUGCGCGGACGGCAUCAGCGACGUGAAAGAGUAAGCUAGUUAAUUACACGUUAAGCGCAUUAUAUUAACGCAAUGCUACACAGAUCGUAAAUUUUUUCAUACAUUAUGCGCGUGCAUUGGAUACUGUUUAGUUUACUGUUAACGAACGUCCCUCUUGUAAGAGAUAUCAAUAUAUGUAAUUUAAUAUAACUGUUAAGAAAGAGAGAGAGAGAGAGAGCGAAGAGAAGAGUAUAAAUAUGCGAUAUAUUUUGUUUAGAAAGAUUUAACAUUUGCAAGCUGAGGUUUCUUACAAGUUUAAGAUUCAAAUGAAUUUAGUUUCGCCAAGCUACUUUUAUGUCGUUAUACUUGAAAGUGCUAUUUGGGAACAUUUGAUGACUAAAACGACAUUUUAAUUAUUGCAACAAUUAUUGCAAUAAUUAGAUUAUUGCGUUUUUUUUUUCCAAUAGAUUUUUGAAUCCGAAUUUUCCAAAUGUCAGAUUUUAAUUUCUUUUUUUUUCUUUAACUGGAUCAAAUGAAUGUUGAAUACUUUUUCUUCUUCUGUAGACCAAAUGAAAUUUUUUAAUGAAUUCCCAUAAGGCGAAAUAUACUUUCUUAUGGUGUGGCUUUUGUUUCACUUCGGCUGGAUGACAAAGUGUUACCAAAUUCGCACACCACAAGGAGGCGCUGCUGCGUACGCGGACGUGUCAUUGCGCAUGCGCGUUGCUAUCGUUGAUUAUCAGUCUACAGUCGAAUUUCCAUCGGAAAACUCAGAGAAACUCUGACGUUUUGAAUAUGUCGACAAUUUCUCCACGUUUGUAAAUGUGAAAAAGUAAAUAAAACGUUGUUGGUUAA